UUUAAGCCGUCGCGCGCCAGUCGCUAACCCGCCUUCACAACGCGCGCAUGCGCGUUCACAAACAAAAUUGAAACCGGUUCCGUAUUACAAACAUAGUUACAAAAUUCUUUAAAAGAAAGUCUGUGUUAAGUGUUUAUUGAUGUUAAUCUGAGGAACCUAAUAUUGGAAAAUUAACAAAAUGAAUAUUAUCUGGUGCUUCGCCGUGCUGGCAGUGACAUGGCGGACAGCGAGUGGUCACGGCAGACUCAUUGAACCUCCAUCACGCGCCUCCGCCUGGCGCUUCGGCUUCGACACACCACACAACUACAAUGACCACGAACUUUAUUGCGGAGGCUUCUCCAGACAGUGGAACAAGAACGACGGGAAAUGCGGAGUCUGUGGAGACGCUUGGGACGCACCACCUCCCAGAGCUCACGAACUCGGCGGCAGAUUCGGCAAAGGUGUCAUCGUCCGCAAAUACGCACCCCAAGACUCCAUCGUCAUCAAAGUAGAACUAACCGCCAAUCACAACGGCUUCUUCGAGUUCAGAGUCUGCGACGAGCCAAAGGGAACCACUCAAGAUUGUUUAGACAAAAACGUACUGAAACUAGACGGUAAAGACGACGGAACCAAAUUCUACCCGAAAGAUGGAAAUAAAGUAUACGAGAUGAAAUAUAAGCUACCUGAAGGAAUGAAUUGUUCCCAUUGCGUGCUGCAAUGGAGAUAUAUCGCUGGCAAUAAUUGGGGUUCAUGUGGAAACGGGACCGAGGCCGUGGGGUGUGGCCCACAGGAAGAAUUUAGGGCAUGUGCUGACAUAGCUAUAGGAGAACGGUUCGCCACUACGACCAGACGUCCCAGACCGAGCUACGUGCCUCCAAACAGAAGACCAACAGUGCCAACUCCAGAAGAGUCUACUGGAAGCUCUUGGUACGGCUUCGUGGUCGCCAUCGUCACGUUGCUCGUUGCUAUCGGCGUUCUAGCAGCAAUUUACUUGUAUUACUACAGAGGUGGCUUUAAGAUUAAGAAUUUCCUUAAGUCGAAAGUGCCACCACCGGCGCCUGUUCCUCCACCGAGGCACAAGAGGUCAUCUCUAUCGAGAGAACAACCUCCAGAACUAACGCCAUCAAAAAUAGGGAUCGACUCGGGAUUCGAGACGGUGGACCUUAGAGCCAAGUAGAAUAGUGUGGAUAGUAUAAGCUGACCUACCUAAGCUGCCUUUACAUAGUGAUAUAAGUCUUGUGUGACUGAGUUACGUAGAGAUUUGACUUCAGUGGGCUUAGUACGAGUUUGUAUUCGGCGAUCUGAUUGGCCGGCUCCAAUGAACCAGCCAAUCAGAGCGUCGAACGUGGUCUCGUUUCGGUUACUUUAAACAUAAAACAAAUUCGUACUAAGGCCCCGAUAAAGUCGGUUCAUAGGUGAUUAACUUAAUUUUAAUUUUAGGUUAAUUUUACUUUUGUAAAUUAAUAGAUAUUAUUUAUGUUAAAUUAAAUGUUAUG